AUGGAGGCCCAAGUGGAGGAGAGGAUGUGUGGGAAACUGAGGUUGGCCUGCGGUCUUUACAAUGACAAGCUGAGAGACAUCUUCACGUGGGAAUUGUUAAAGACCCUUGCAAUGGGCCAAGUCUUGUCCCUGUUGAUCUGCGGCACGGCGGUGAGCUGCCAGUAUCUCGCCAAUGCUGGCGUGGAGACGCCCAUGUUACAGAGUUUUCUCAACUACGCUCUUUUAUUGCUUGCCUACACCACCGUCCUCUGUGUCUACAAAGAGGAGCAAAACAUCCUGCAGGUGCUUAAGACCAAGUGGUGGAAGUACCUGCUGAUGGGUCUGGCGGAUGUGGAGGCUAACUACACGGUCGUCAUGGCCUACCGUUAUACCACAUUGACCAGCAUCCAGCUGUUGGACUGCUUUGUGGUACCAGUGCUGAUGGUCAUGUCCUGGUUCCUGCUGAAAACUCGCUACAGGCCGCUACACUACAUCGCCGUGACCGUGUGCCUGCUGGGCGUGGGCGCCAUGGUGGGUGCCGACAUCCUGGCCGGAAGAGAUCAGGGAUCCACCAGUGAUGUUGUGCUGGGCGACAGCUUGGUGCUUAUCAGUGCCGUCCUCUACGCCGUGUCUAACAUGUGCCAGGAAUUCACAGUGAAGAACAGGAGCCGGGUGGAGUUUUUGGGAAUGAUGGGCUUCUUUGGGACGAUCAUCAGUGGGAUUCAGCUGGCCGCAAUGGAAAUUGGUGCAGUCAAGAAAAUUAAGUGGAACUUUCACAUUGCUAUGCUGUUUGUCCUCUACAUGCUGUGCAUGUUUGCGCUGUACAGUUUCAUGCCGGUGGUGGUGAAGAGGACGAGCGCCACCGCAGUCAACCUCUCGCUUCUUACCGCUGACCUCUUCAGCCUCUUCUGUGGCCUCUUGCUCUUUCACUACACGUUUUCAGCGUUGUACAUCAUAGCGUUCACACUCAUCAUGGUGGGCUUCGUCACCUUCAACGCCGUGCCAACCCGCACAGCUCAACUUGACACUGACUCCACGGACACCACGGACCAGGAAGCCCAGAGCGCUUCGGACCGUUUGCUGCCCGCUGACAGAAAUGGGCAAAGUAACUUGCCGGUGGUCUCUGCGCUCUGA